AUGGGAGGGGCAAGACGUGGAGACGAGUAUAAGCGGCGAGCAACUCGAGGCAUCGAGCUGAUUCUGAACACGGAGGUGGUGUCUGCUGACGUGGCGAACAAGAAGCUUUCCACGGCGUCGGGCGACACCAUCGCCUUCACCAACCUCAUCAUCGCCACUGGUGCCGAUACCAUCAAGCUGACGGACUUCAAGACGCCAGGCGCGGACGCCAAGGGCAUCUACUACCUGCGGGAGAUCAAAGAGGCAGACGAGCUGUACGCGGCCAUCCAGGCGAAGAAGGGCGGCAAGGCCGUGGUGGUGGGCGGCGGGUACAUCGGGCUCGAGCUCGCGGCCAUCCUCGCCAUGAACGAUAUCAAGGCCACCAUGGUGUACCCUGAACCAUUCUGCAUGCCGCGUCUCUUCACCCCCACUCUCGCGGCCUUCUACGAGGGGUACUACGAGGCCAAGGGCGUGACCAUAGUCAAGGGCACGGUCGCCACGGCCUUCACAGCCAACGAGGAGGGGCACGUGAAGAGCGUGACGCUCAAAAGCGGGGAGACUCUGGAGGCGGACCUGGUGGUGGUGGGCGUGGGCGCUCGCCCCAACGUGGGGCUCUUCAAAGACCAGCUCGCAUUUGACAAGGGUGGCAUUAAGGUGGAUGCUCGAUUCCUCAGCAGCGUGCCAGGCGUGUAUGCAGUGGGCGAUGUGGCCACAUUCCCCAUGAUCAAGUACGGCGAUGAGAGGCGUGUGGAGCAUGUCGACCAUGCCAGGAAGUCUGUGCAGCAGGCAGUGAAGGCAAUCAAGGCAGCAGAAGCGGGGGAGCAGAUAGCGGACUACGCCUACCUGCCCUACUUACUCCUACAACAAAGGAACUCACAACCCUCCUUCCCCUUCUACCCCUGCCCGCCUUCCACCCACAUCCCCCAGGCAAUCAAGGCAGCGGAAGCAGGGGAGCAGGUAGCGGACUACGCCUACCUGCCCUACUUCUACUCGCGCUCCUUCGACCUCUCCUGGCAGUUCUACGGUGACAACGUGGGCGACGCUGUGCACUAUGGGCUCACGGACGGCAAGGCGGCUGGCGAUGGGGCGGCGAAGUUCGGUGCAUACUGGGUGAAGGACGGCAAGGUGGUCGGCGCGUUCCUGGAGGGUGGGAGUGCGGAUGAGAACAAGGCGAUCGCCAAGGUGGCUCAGGAUCAGCCGGCAGUUGCGAGCCUAGAGGCUCUGGCAGGAGAGGGGCUGGGGUUUGCCCUUAAGGCUUGA